GUCUUGCUCUGAAGCUUGCUGUGAAUGCCGGGAACUUUGCUUCAUCUCACUGGGCGUAUUUCGAACGUCAUAAAGCAUCGAUGGUCCAGGCUGCUGUCGUCCGACGCGGCGAUCAAGCCUUACUAUAUUACCACGCCAAUAUUCUAUCCUAAUUCAGUCCCUCACAUAGGACACCUUCAUUCAAUCGUAAUUGGCGACAUACUCGCGCGUUACGCUCGGCUUUUGCAUCCGAAAAGGCAGGCGAAACUCGUAACAGGAACGGAUGAGCAUGGCCUCAAAAUCCAGAAAGCCGCACAGGCCAGAGGCAUGGAGCCGCUUGCGUUCUGCGACGAGCUUAGCGAGCAUUUUCGUGCAUUGGUUAAGAAAGCGGACGUUGACGCCACGCGAUUCUCGCGGACCUCGGAGAAACAACAUUGCGAUGCAGUGCAGCAUCUGUGGCGUCAACUAGAGGCAAAGGGUUUCAUCUACAAAGGCCAGCACUCAGGAUGGUACUCCGUCUCUGACGAGUGCUUCUACCCAGAACUACAGGUCUCGCGGAAGAGCUCUUCUGACGGAGCUGAGGAAGAGGUCUUCGUCUCCACGGAAACAGGCUCACUCGUUGAGUGGACGGAAGAAGAGAACUACAAGUUCCGGUUGUCAGCGUUCCAAGCUCGUCUUAGGGAGCACUUCGCGGCACACCCGCGUGCAAUAUAUCCCCCGCAGCACCACACGGACAUCCUUCAGUCGCUCGCGGAAGACACCCCGCUGGAGGACUUGUCUGUGUCAAGGCCGAGAUCUAGGCUGAAAUGGGGUGUUCCAGUCCCGGGCGACGAUGAGCACACGAUUUAUGUGUGGAUCGAUGCGUUGACUAUCUACUUGUCAUCUGUGGGUUAUCCGUGGACGCAACAAGCAGGUGAUGGAUUCAGCAGCGGCUGGCCGCCGAACGUGCAGGUAAUUGGAAAGGAUAUUCUCCGAUUCCACGCGAUCUACUUUCCAGCGAUGUUAGCAGCCCUCGACCUUCCGUUCCCCAAACAACUGCUUGCGCACUCCCAUUGGACAGUGAACAAACAUAAAAUGUCCAAAUCUGUUGGAAACGUCGCUGAUCCCAUUGAAGCUAUCGACGAGUUUGGCAUUGACAUUGUUAGGUGGUACCUUGCUCGUGUGGGUGGGCAUUUCAAAGACGACGUCGAUUGGUCACACGAACAGCUGGACAAGCACUCGAAGGAGAUAACCGCUCUCCUCGGCAACCUCUACUCCCGUAUAACAUCCCCUAAAAUUAUGGAGCGCGGUCAAAGUGAUACACGGCCCCCGCUACUUCGCCUCGUCCGGCCUGAGACCGAUACCUUCCUGGAGAAGGCCCUUCAGGUACUGCCUGCGUACAGGGAGAAUAUGGACGAGUUGCAGAUAGCAGCUGCUCUGGAGCAUGUCGUCUCAGUCUUGCACGAAACCAACGCCCUCGUGACGCAAACCAAGCCUUGGGACAAGAACACUCAUAUGGAGCUUGUAUCUGCCGUGUACCAUCUCACUCUGGACGUGCUCCGCAUGUGUGGUGUGCUCCUGCAACCGUUCAUGCCGGGCAAGGCGGGCAUGCUGCUGGACGCGAUGCACGUGCCCGAAGACCAACGGACGAUCGAGUUUGCGGACAUCAGGAGGCCGUGGGCAGGGUAUGUUGAGCCGACGCCGGUGAAGCUAUUCCCGAUGCCGAGGGCGAAGGCAGAGUAGAAUAUGUGAUUCGAUGUGCUUGUACCUCCCAUUGUCAUAUCUCAUUCUCUGCAUCAUCUGAACGAGGAUUUUGAUAGGCUCCAAAAAC